UGUCAUCACUUACGUCAUACUGUGGUCAUUCUGCCUUGGUGUCCUUUUUGUCCGCGCUCAGCCGCCGUACUGCUUCUCUACUCCAUGCUUGCCUGUGUCGUCUAGACAACAUUUACAAGGUAAAACAAGUUGUAAACACUCAAUAAGGAUGAGUCUCAGAAAGCAGACACCCAGUGAUUUCCUGAAGCAGAUCAUCGGCCGACCGGUGGUGGUCAAGCUGAACUCCGGCGUCGAUUACAGAGGUGUCCUGGCCUGUCUGGAUGGCUACAUGAACAUCGCCAUAGAGCAGACAGAGGAGUAUGUCAAUGGACAGCUCAAGAACAAAUACGGUGAUGCAUUUCUGCGAGGAAACAAUGUUCUCUAUAUUAGCACACAGAAGAGGAAAGUUUAGCCCGUUGAGGAUUUUUUCCCCCCCCGGUUUUGGUUCCUGAGGGAAUACUUUUGUUUGAUGACGCUUCAAUCCUGAAGAAUAUUUUGUCCUUUUUUUUGUAAAAGUGGAAAUUGUUAUUAAAACAUCCUGAGUUUGCAAA